CUUUUGCAUCACCCUCUAGGGCUGUUACCACCUGCCAGACACAGCCACAUCCUCCCACGGAGGAAACGCUCGGCUGCUUUUUGGGGUGGAGCAAUGCCUACACGGCAGCUUUUCUUGCUGAAGGAGGGAGGGAGAGGUGCUGUUGUCUCUGCUCUUACCGUUGUUCCCUCAAGAAUGCAAAAUUCUGGAGCAGGGAAUAAAGCGCCAAUUCUCACUGUCCUUGCCAAACCAGGGCUGCUUGGGCAGCUGUGGUGCUGCAUCAGUCAGCACCUCUGGGCUGAGCUAAUGCAUGGCACAAGGCACAAGAGGUGAAGGCCUUCCAAAACAAGCCUCUAUUGUUGUGACCUUUGUUUUGUGAUCAAAUCUCUCUGUGGUUGAUGAAAUCACAUCAAGAUGGUUGUGCUGGUUUUGUGUAAGGUGGUAUUUGUGUUUCCUCUGCCACCUCACAAUUUUCUCUGAUAUGUGCUGGCUGUGGCAGAGCACCACAGCACUCUGUGCUUAUGCUGAUGAGGCUGCUGCUCUCAUCAGGGUGUUUCAUAACCAGUUGGGUAUUUCUGUUCCUCAUGGGAUGCAUCCAGAAAAACCCUGCCUCCACUUCACUUUGGAGUACCCUGCUGCCUCCUGUGCUGCAGACACACCAUGCUUUCAGGUGGUCAUGUUACAGUUGCUCUGAGGAGCAUUGGCCAUCACUUUUCACUCUUGUUUUUCUCUCACUUCUCCCCGGGGAGACUGUGUCACAGAAAAUUGGUCAAGGUCACAUAGAGGGAAGUCAUUGCUUUUGUUAGACCAACUGAUAUAGAAGGUGGAAAAAAUAGAUAAGCCGUUGGGCACGUGAGCCCUUGUUGAAAGCAAUGCAGCGUGUCACCAUAGUGUCUGGUUUGUUGUGCCAUACCUGUCCAUCUCUGGACCAAAGAUGCAAUGCCAGGGUGACCUAACAAGACAGGACCCUGUCCCAAAUCUCAUGGCUCCGUUUUCCCUCACAGCCAGAGAACACCUACAGCCAUGUUGGGAACUCGUAAUCAUCUCUUGGGUUUGGAGACACCUUGAGAGCUGGGCUGCAGAGUCUGCUUGCACUGUGGUGGUGUUAGACAGGUGGGCCUUCAUGCCUGUUGACUCUGGCAGCUUUUUGCUUUUCCAAUCUGCAGUCUUUCUGCACUGGGCACCAAUUGUGCUGCAGCCAGAGCCCCCAAAACCACGUUCCUCUGGUAGGCUGAUGAGGUUUCAGUGGUAACCUCACUCUGUACCCUAUUGUUGGGGCAGGCUGUAUGUCCAAGGAUGUGACUUGGAAGUGAAGGUGGAAAUGCUGGACCUUCGCCCCACUGAUUAGAGCCCCACUGCUAAAGCUCUGUUGCAGCAAAUGGAACAAUGUGGUGAGCUGGAGUCCCCCAGCCCCUUGUGUCAUUUACAUAUGCCUCACCAGCACCAGAAGCACACACAGUAACCCGGGCUUGUGCAGCACUGCAGUCUGUCUUAAAACAACCUCCCUUCCUCUGCUCCUGGAUCCUACCAUGGUCCUGGGUUUCAUGCUCCUGCUGCUGGUGGGGACAGCAGGGUCAGCCUGCAGGGCCCAGCCGGUGCUGACCCAGCCAGCUGCCGUGCAGGUGCUGCCUGGGGAGACUGCCCGGCUGUCCUGUAUCCUCAGCCCCCAGUACAACAUCAGCGACUUUGGCAUCACCUGGUACCAGCAGCGCCCAGGGCAGGCCCUAAGGUACCUGCUCUACUACAACUCCGAGCGAGACAAGCACAAGCCUGCCAGGAUUCCUGACCGUUUCUCUGCUACCAAAGACCUUGCCCGCAACGCCUGCAUCCUCAUCAUUGCAGCCGCCCAGGAGGAAGACAACGGUCGCUAUUUCUGCUCAUUGCCCCUCACCACCAACUGGCUGUAGAAGCAGGGAGCAAAUAUGGUGCGAUGCUGCCAGCAGACAGAACGGCAGCUGUGGAAAGAAGGGACAAGGCCCCCCUGCCGGCUGAGGCUCUGGCGUAGUUUAAUAAUGAUAAUAAAUGUAAUAAGUACAAUAAAUGUAAUAAAGAUU